UCUAGUGAGACUAGACGCGCCGUAAAUUUGAAAAUAGGUCCAAUCGCAAAGACCCUGCUCUCUCAAGUUGUGACGGCUCGUUGGAAGCUGGACUUUAGGGCCAAGCGAUGAUCGCGCCGCUUCUGACGUCUCGGGGUCCUCGGGUUCAGCGUGAUCACGUCGACGAUCACUGUGUGUAUACAUAUGCAUUACCUGCCACACGCGUAUCUAUGAUUGCUCAAGUUUGUAUACGCGCACCACUCCCGCUAUUGCGUGUUAUUCGCCAUUAUUUUUGUGAGGCUCCCGGUGGAACGCGGCACCUGGGGCAUCCGCGUAAUAUCGACGAGUGCGCAAAGACGGGAGAGUGAUGGGGGACGCGGCGAUGAACGUCGCAGCGUCCGGUGGUGGCGGCGGCGUUGGCGGUGUUAGCGGUAGCGGUAGUGGCGGUGUUAGCGGCAGCGGUAGUGGCGGUGUCAGUGGCAGCGGCGGCAAUGGCAGCGGAAGCGGUAGCGUCAGCGGCAACGUUGGCGGUCAGCGAAUCGUCAAGGAAGGCUGGCUCCAAAAACGCGGUGAACACAUUAAAAAUUGGAGAUCGAGAUAUUUUGUCUUGAGAGACGAUGGUACACUGGUCGGGUUCAAGGCAAAACCUGAUCCACAAAUGGCUACGCAAACAUCUACGCAGCCAUUAAAUAAUUUUACAGUACGUGGAUGCCAAAUAAUGUCAGUGGAUAGACCUAAACCAUAUACAUUUGUUAUUAGAGGCCUGCAAUGGACAACCGUAAUCGAAAGGACAUUUCAUGUAGAAACAGAACAAGAAAGGGAAGACUGGGUAGCAGCAAUCAGAUAUGUAGCAAAUAGGUUAGCAAAUGAAGAAAAUCAACAGCAUGAACAACCCCAAAUGCAACAAUCUUCCUCUUCAGAAGAUGUCGAUAUGGAAUCGUCAGUAGGCGCUAGGUCUGAUUCUUGUAGCUCUUUAGGUGUUGUAUCUACAGAUUUAGAUGGUGGUAGUAUUGAUGAAUUAUCAGCAAAAUUCAGUGUCCAAGGAACUUCAAGCAGUAAAAGUACUGGCAAAAAGAAAGUAACACUUGAGAAUUUUGAAUUUUUAAAAGUUUUGGGAAAAGGAACUUUUGGAAAGGUAAUUCUCUGUAGAGAAAAAGCAACAGGACAUUUAUAUGCUAUCAAAAUUUUAAGAAAAGAAGUUAUUAUUCGUAAAGAUGAAGUGGCACACACACUUACCGAAAACAGAGUAUUACGCACUACUAACCAUCCCUUUUUAAUUUCUUUAAAAUAUAGCUUUCAAACAGCAGAUAGAUUGUGUUUUGUUAUGGAAUAUGUAAAUGGUGGCGAAUUGUUUUUUCAUUUGAGUCGGUCACGAGUAUUUGGUGAAGAUCGUACUCGAUUCUACGGCGCAGAAAUUAUAUCGGCUUUGGGUUACUUGCACUCGCAAGGUAUUAUAUAUCGUGACCUAAAAUUGGAAAAUCUUCUCUUGGACAAAGACGGGCAUAUAAAAAUUGCUGAUUUCGGUUUAUGUAAAGAAGACAUUACAUAUGGAAGGACAACAAAGACAUUUUGUGGAACACCAGAAUAUCUGGCACCAGAAGUACUCGAAGAUAAUGAUUAUGGACGAGCCGUGGAUUGGUGGGGUGUGGGUGUAGUCAUGUAUGAAAUGAUGUGUGGUCGAUUACCUUUUUAUAACAAAGAUCAUGAAAAGCUAUUUACGCUUAUUUUAUUGGAAGAAGUAAGGUUUCCUAGGACGAUUAGUAAUGAAGCAAGAGAUAUGCUUGGUGGUCUGUUAAUAAAGGAUCCAAGUAGAAGAUUAGGUGGUGGGCCCAAUGAUGCGAAAGACAUCAUGAAUCACGCAUUUUUCUCGUGUAUCAAUUGGACGGAUCUUGUCCAGAAGAAGAUUCCUCCACCUUUUAAGCCGCAAGUGACUUCAGAUAUUGACACUCGAUAUUUUGAUAGUGAAUUUACCGGCGAAAGUGUUGAACUUACGCCCCCGGAUCAGGGCUGUUUAGGUAGUGGAGGAGGUUUAAAUUCUAUAGCAGAAGAACAAGAACAUUUUCCGCAAUUUUCGUAUCAAGAAAGUCAUUCUGCAGCAACUUCUUCCAUUGUCUCUAUUAAUCACUGACAGUGUCAAGUGUCUUGCUUAAUUAAUGUAAUGAGAUGUGUGGUUUAUUAAUGCAUGAAAAACCGAGCAAAAACAUUCAAUUACAAUAUGUAUCUGACAAUUGUCUACAAAGCUUAAAACUUUACCAAUGAUAGGCAAAUCAAUAAAAUUAUCUUUCUUUAUGAUGCUUUUUUUAUGCAUCUUAAGAGAUUGUUACAUAUCUCCAAUGGCAAAUUAGAUUUAUGCGUAUAAGUGUGCGCUCGCAUAUAACACCUAUACACAUAAUUAUUAAUCACUAAAAUUGUAUAUGGAAAAAUGUAUACUAUAAGAUUAGGUCGAGAUAUAGUAUGAUUAAUAUUUGCUGCGUAUGAAAGGAAUAUGACAGGGAUUAAAAAUUACGUUCUUAAUUGAAUCGAAUUAAUUAAAACUCUUUGAGAGACAUAUAUUGUGAAUAUUGAAUAAUUUUCUUAUCAUCAAGAAAUGCGCGAUAAUCGUAAGUAUAAAAAUCUUUGUUUUUAAGAAAAGCUGCACUUGACACUUUCCAGGUUUAUUGUCGCUGUUUAUUAUCUUAUUUAUGGAAGGACAGUUCCUGAUUUUUUUUUUUUUUUUUUUUU